AUGUCGAGCAUGUCCAUGUCGUCCUCCUCAGCUCCAGCUUAUCCACCGGACCACAUCUCGUCUUUGGACCAGCUCUGUUACGUCCAUUGCAGCUUCUGCGACACUGUCCUCGCUGUGAGUGUUCCUCCGAGUAGUUUGUUCAAGACGGUGACUGUCAGAUGCGGUCACUGUUCAAACCUAUUGUCGGUAACUGUGAACAUGAGAGCUCUUCUUCUUCCCUCCGUUUCCAACCUUGGCCAUUCCUUUCUUCCUCAUCCUCCUCCUCCUCCUCCCAGUCUCUUGCACGCAACUUCUAUGAAACUCAAUCAAGAGACGUUUAUUUUGGAGGAGAUGAGAAACGGAGGGCAGACUUUAAACAUGAACAUGAUGAUGAGCCAUCAGGCAGCAGCUCACCACUCCAACGAGUCUUUGGUUAUGGCGACUCGCAACGGAAGAGUGGAUCCACACGAGUUGCCUCGGCCACCACCAGCUAAUAGACCCCCAGAGAAGCGACAAAGAGUACCAUCUGCUUACAAUCGAUUCAUCAAGGAGGAGAUCCAACGUAUAAAGGCAGGCAACCCUGAUAUCAGCCACAGAGAAGCCUUCAGUGCUGCUGCCAAAAAUUGGGCUCACUUCCCUCACAUACACUUUGGUCUCAUGCCUGAUCAUCCUCCCGCGAAGAAGGCUAACGUGCGCCAGCAGGAAGGAGAGGAUGCGAUGCUGGGAAGAGAAGGGUUCUACGGCUCAGCGGCCAAUGUUGGGGUGACCCAUAACUAG